GCGGAAGCCGCAGAGCCCGCCCGGCUCCGGCCUCCCGGGGCUCCGGUGCCGCUCUCUCGGCAGCGCCUUCGCCGUCCUCCCGCCGGACGAGGACUAGAACCACAUUUCUACUGGCUGAGCUUCAAAGAAUGUACCUGGAGGAAUAGCACCUGGGGUUUGUGAAUUUCUAUUUCUUUUAGUAACUCUAUGGUAAAAACACUGUAGUUUGAAUGUACAGGUUUAUUAAGCUGACAUGAGCUUUGAAAAACAGUAUAAUCUGAAGAAAUCCAGAUGCUUAGUUUCUCCUGUAGAUUCUUGAAGAAAAGCAGGUGUUAAAAUUUCAAGAAAUGCUGUGACAAAUUUGAAGAACAACACUCACAGAAACGUUUGUUGUGUGAAAAUUUUUAAAACUAGAAUGGCCUUGAAAAAGACACCUAAACUAUUUAAGACAUUUUUUCACUGGAAACUUUGGAAAUUUAGCAUUAUUGUGUUUGUCUUUCUGGUAUUUUUAUUUUUAUUACAAAGAGAAGUGGGUGUUCAAGAUUUUAAGGAUGAAGCAGGGAUUGAGCCAGUUGUUGGAAAGAAAAGUCAUGUAUUAGGUCUUGUGUUAAAUGCUAUGAACAAUAUCAAAGGUGCAAAACCAAAAAUGCAGAUAAAAGCACCCAUUAGGCAAACUAAGAUUCCUGGAGAGAGACACUGUUUGCCAGGGCACUAUACUCCAGUGGAACUGAAACCCUUUCUAGAUCGGCCGCUUCAAGAUCCUAAUGCUCCUGGAGCUUCUGGUAAAGCAUUUAAAACCAUCAACUUAAAUUCAGAAGAACAGAAAGAAAAACAGGUUGGAGAAGAGAAACACUGUUUUAAUGCAUUUGCAAGUGAUAGGAUUUCUUUACACCGAGAUCUUGGACCAGACACUCGACCUCCUGAAUGUAUUGAACAAAAAUUUAAGCGUUGCCCGCCAUUACCAACCACAAGCAUUAUCAUCGUUUUCCAUAAUGAAGCGUGGUCAACUCUGCUCAGAACCGUCCACAGUGUGAUGUAUACAUCUCCUGCCAUACUGCUGAAGGAGAUUAUUUUGGUGGACGACGCCAGUGUAGAUGAAUACCUGCAUGAUAAACUAGAUGAAUAUGUGAAACAGUUUCAAAUAGUUAAAGUAGUCCGUCAGAAGGAAAGAAAAGGUCUGAUCACUGCACGGUUGUUGGGAGCUUCAGUAGCAACAGGAGAGACCCUUACCUUCCUGGAUGCUCAUUGCGAAUGCUUUUAUGGCUGGUUAGAGCCAUUAUUGGCAAGAAUAGCUGAGAAUCCUGUUGCUGUUGUAAGCCCUGACAUUGCUUCUAUCGAUCUCAAUACAUUUGAAUUCAGUAAACCAUCUCCUUAUGUGCAUAGCCAUAACAGAGGAAAUUUUGAUUGGAGUUUGUCAUUUGGAUGGGAGUCUCUUCCUAAACAUGAGAAUAAAAGAAGAAAGGAUGAAACCUAUCCAAUUAGAACACCUACUUUUGCUGGAGGUCUCUUUUCAAUAUCAAAAGCCUACUUUGAACACAUUGGAAGCUAUGAUGAAGAAAUGGAAAUAUGGGGAGGUGAAAAUAUAGAAAUGUCUUUCAGAGUAUGGCAAUGUGGUGGACAGUUGGAGAUCAUGCCUUGCUCUGUUGUUGGCCAUGUCUUUCGCAGCAAGAGUCCCCAUACUUUCCCAAAAGGUACUCAGGUGAUCACACGUAAUCAAGUUCGCCUUGCGGAAGUGUGGAUGGAUGAAUAUAAAGAAAUAUUUUACCGAAGGAACACAGAGGCAGCAAAAAUUGUGAAACAAAAAACAUUUGGAGACAUAUCAAAAAGACUUGAUUUAAGGCAGCGCCUGCAGUGUAAAAAUUUUACUUGGUACCUCAGUAAUGUUUAUCCAGAAGCAUAUGUGCCUGACCUGAAUCCUUUGUUUUCUGGAUAUUUAAAAAAUAUAGGUAACCGCAUGUGUCUGGAUGUUGGUGAAAAUAACCAUGGUGGCAAACCAUUGAUUAUGUAUUCUUGUCAUGGACUUGGAGGAAACCAGUACUUUGAAUAUUCUGCACACCAUGAAAUCCGCCAUAACAUUCAGAAGGAGCUUUGUCUGCAUGCUUCCAAGGGACCUGUGCAGCUUCGCGAGUGCACCUACAAAGGCCAGAAAACCUUCGCUGUUGGAGAGGAGCAGUGGCUGCACCAGAAGGAUCAAACCCUGUACAAUGAAGCACUACAUAUGUGCCUUACAGGAAAUGGAGAGCAUCCGAGCUUGGCAUCCUGUAAUCCCUCAGACCCUUUCCAGAAGUGGAUCUUUGGCCAGAAUGAUUAAGAUUUGAUAUUAUAGGCCAGAAGCAUUUUAUUAAAAGAACCAUUCUGAGCUGUGAUUAUAUAUGUAAACUGGAUUGUUAUGUGAUAGUUUAAAUGCAAAAUGUUUGAACAGUUUAUUUUCCCUCUUAAAUUGGAUAUAAAAUGUGUCAUCAGAGAUUCCCUGGGAAUCUGUUAUACCAAAGAUAAUUGGGAUCCUGGUUAUAUUUUGUUUACAAUAUUUCUAUGAUGAGACUUUAUAUGUUGACCUCUGAUUUAUGGAUCCUAUUAGUUCUCUUUUAUCUUAGAGGCCAUAUGUGAGGGGGUUUUUGACAUAUUUUAAGUGCUUCUGAAGAAGAUUUAUUUUCUCUGUAGUGUUGUGAGAAAUUAUUGCCUACUCUCUAAAACCCGAUACACUUUAUAUGUAUGUUUUUAUGCUCAAAUGGCUGAUUUUUAAAAGAAUUUACUUUACUCAGUGAAACUUUCUCAAUAUUUUUACGUUCCUUCACUUGGAAAAUUAAAUAUUUGACUGUCAGGUCAAAGCCAAAUAGGACACCACAUUGUGCUCAGCUUCUAGGAAGUCAGUUUUUCGGUAGAAGAAAAAAUUCUUGCUAAAAUAUGUAUUUAUAAUUAUUUUAAUGUAAAAUCUGCUUAUUUUGAUACUAAUAUUUUGUUUAGCCAAAACUUCCUGUAUAGUUUUUUUUUUUAUAUUUCAUGGACUUAAAAAUUUAUUAUCAAGAUGUAUUGUAGUAGGCUUCCGAGAUGCUUAACAUUCACACAUUUUUCCAGCAAUCUGUUCAUUACUGCUUUUAAAUUACAUGUUAUCUACUAAACUUCUGCUCCUACCUUCUAGUAAUUUAUGCAAUAUUUACCUCACAGGUUUCUAAUGCUAUCCAUAUGUUAUUUCUUGUGCCAACACUUGCAUAUUAAUAUUUUUUUCUUGUUUCUGUUUCCCCUUUUACAAAGGACUAAUCUCAGAUUUAUCGGUCUGAGUGAAACCUUGGCCUAACUAUUUUGCUAAUUAUAGAAAAUAAUAUAGCAUAAUAAAAUAUAAUCAAUUUUUAAAAAUUUUUAAAGACAAAAGUAUUUGGCUGUAUGAUCAAAUUUAAAGCUGAGAAUGAACUUGAAGGGGUGGGUAUUAAAGGCUGAAUAGGACAAAAAAUACACUACUAAUAAAUCUGGGUUUUUUUCUAGUAAUUAAGUAGUAUCAUUACAGAUAAAUGUUAACUUAUGUCUGGUGGGUGAGUGGAUGAUGAUGUGAGGGGUUUUUUUACUUCUGUGGUGGGGACGGAGCCUGUCCAUAAUUUAAUGGUACCUGGCUGAUGAGUUCAGUUUCUGAAUACAAGCAAGAGAAGUUCCUUUCAGUACUUGUGAGUCAACUGAAAGACAAAAAGUGUAUAAGCAAGGACCAGUGAUAAUUUGCCAGAAGCUUUAAGUCUAAUUUGUUUGUCUCAGCUUUCGUAAGGCUUUUGGAGACAGCUGUGAGAAUAUCCCAUGAAGUUAAAGCUGUAUAACUUAAAAUAAUUUGACAGAGAGUGAACAGAAAUUGUUGAAGAGACUGUACCAGGAAGUGUUACUUAUCCACUGAAACUGGAAGGUUGUGUAGAAAGAUCUGUCUGUAUCCUCUGAUCAAUGUUUUAAUUUGGUAAUGGAAUACAAAGUGUUAUUACUUUUGCAGAUCAAGCCAAUAUUGGAAGGCCAAUAUGUGCACUUGAUAAAAUGGGGGAGUUGAGGAAAAACAGAAUGCAGGUCAAUGAGAAAACUGUUGAACAAUAUGAAUAGAGGAUGGGAGAUUACACAAGAGAGCAGCUGUGUUGUGUUGAACCUUGGGUAUGGAAUGGAAACUGUCCAAGGAACCUGUUCUAGAAGACAAGGUAUUUAGCAUACCAGUUUAAAAGUACUUGUUCUUUUAGUUCUCAGUUCAUAUUAUACAGAAAAUGCAUUACUUUUAAUAUCACUGAAGGAUAAUUUCUUCAUGCAACCUGUUUCUCUUACAAGCUUUUCAGAUUGGGAUUUGCACAUACAAGUUAUUUAUCUACUCAUUAUCAGUUGGGAUUUUGCCAUUUUAGGAUUUUUUUUAAGACCUAAUAUUUUAAACCAGGGUAGAAUUUAAAUUGCAAGGAAAUGAGUGUUCUGUUGAACUUGGAGGUAAGAACCUUUUCCUAAGUUAUGCUAGAGAAGCUCCACUUUGUAUUUUUUUGGUGUUUUGCAGAUACAGCAAUAUAUGUAGUUGUUUUUUGCAGAGAUUAGAAGUUCACCUCAUUAUUAUAUUUUGUCUUUAGUUCUAGAUAUAGAAAGGGAAAAUAAUUCUAUGAUUUUAACAUGGUCUUUUAGGAUUUUCCUUUCAUUUAUUGGGACUCCUUUUCUGGCCUAACAUAGGUCACUAGUACAAAAUAUGUAUUAUACAUAGUAUUUUUUUAAAGUAUGUUAACCAUUAUAGUUCCUCUAACUGUGACAUUUUAGUCUGUAUUUUGCAGUACCUAGUAUAGCAGUUCAGUCUUACACCCUUCUACCUGCCAGAAAAGAGGGAGACGGAUCUAUAAAUAGAGGAAAAUUUUAAGUGACUUUUUUUGUUCCAUUCUGUGUGAAGAUCCAAAAUUAACUUUUAGGUCACACUGACUAUUGCACUUCCAAAUACUCAUGUGUAUGUGUAUAUAUAUGUGUGUGUGUGUACACAUAUACAGGCAUCACAUAAUACUAGGAGAGCAAUAAGAGAUCUGUAAAUAUGACUAGAGGUUUAAUAAGUUGGAUUUAUGGUUUUUUUAAAGCUAAUAAAAAAGCAGCAGCAUCUUCUGGCUGUUGAUAAUGUUCUCUUGAAAGCAGCUAAUAAUUUCUAGUAGUUAGAAAGGCUUGGUGAAAAUCAGUUUAUUGCAGAGGGGUUCUCUGGCUCUUUUACAUAAUUUUUUUUUUUUUUAAGUUCAAGUCUCUUUCAGUAACAUUAUAAUGCCCUUUUCUGCUCCUAUGAAGGGGACAAAGGUAAAUAGUGUUUCAUACACAGCAUGUAAAAAUUCGUACCUCAAUCAGAUGGCUGUAUAAACUACUGAAGGUUACUAGAACAGCUGGCAUCAGUGUUAGCCUCUCUCUCACCGUGCUCUCUUACACAUCCAGGGAAUAAUCACAAGUGCUGAGGAAGGCUUGACUUCAGGCCAGUUCAGCAACGCUCCCAGCAGGAUGAAGCAUGUCCUAAACCUUUAGGGACAUUAGGGCCUGUGGCUCUGGGUAGUACUGCCUGUGAGCAAGAGGUUGCUUGUGGCUCCUCCUGGUUAUGGCACCAUUCACUGCAGUGGGAAUUUGCCAGCCCACCACACCUGAGGAUUGGGAGUAAUUGCUGCCUUACUCUAGGGCAACUACAGAACAACGUGAAUACUAUUAACAGAUCAAUUUACAAGUGAACCUUAAGAGUUAAAUCUUCCUACUUCUGAAUGGGCAUCCUGGGAUUUUGAAUUGGAACCACUGGUGAAAGUUGUUUUACAUUUUUUUGUAUCAGUAUGGUUUAACAAGCCCUGGAGCAGCCCUUUUAGCCACAGUUGAUAGCAAUGCCAAAAGCAGUCUGAUAGCAAAUACGGGACUCCCAACACACAACCAAGUGAUACCACACUUCCUACGAGAACUUGAAAUCUAGAGAACAUCUCAUCUUUAUCAGUUUUUUAAAAUACAAACAAUUUAGCUAUACGUCCUCAUAUAAGCAAAAUUAAGAACGACUUUUUGUAAAUGUGCAUCUCAGUUUGAGUAAAUAUCAGAAUUAAAAGGAAGUAGAGAUUGUGCUGUGACUGUUAAUUAUUUUCUUAAUGAAGCUAUGUUGAUCAUCAGUUUUCAAAAUAAGCAGUUGUUCUGAAAUUUAGCAGUAGUCUUUGAAUGUUGCCAUUGAAAUAAUCUGAUGCAUAAAAUUACUGCAAAUUGUCCACCAGAGAGAGCUGUUGCAAAAUUUUAUUCCAACAGCUGUUGAAGACAAUUGUUUCAUUACCUUAUUAUGAAAAUCAUAGGCACAGAUGAAUCAGGUACAGUAUUUUCCUGGCCAAAGAAAACCGUAGGCAGUAGUAUCAUUAAAGGGCAAAUGGAUAUACCUAAGAAGACAUUUCUGUUUAUUUAAUUUAAUUGGCAUACAAAUAUUUAGAAACAAAAACACACACACAAAAAUUCCACACAAACUGCUUCUCCUUAUGAUAUCAGACAAUCAGGAACAGGAGAAAUUCUUGGAAUUUCACAGAGUGCCUUUGGAGACUCUGCAGGUGUCAGGGAGGAGGUGCAGUACUAAUUCUGGCUCUCUUAGCUAAGAGAGGCUCUAGUGCCUGCAUGGCAGAAAUGAGACACACAAUGCACUGGCAGCCAGGAUGUAACGUAGAAACCUGGUUUACUUCAUUGCAAACAAAUGGACAAUAUAUAUUGUACAAUAUAUAAUAAAAAUACAGCUGAUACAAGUGCCACUAAUUAACAAAAAAACUAAUGUUAAGACUUAAAAAUGCUCAUUUUUUAAUAUAUAUACACUGCAGUAAUAAGCCACAAUAAAUACAUCAAAUUUCAUAUCAUUCAUAAUAAAUACCGAAAAUAUAAAUACGGAAGAAUACAGUUAAUUUGAAUAAAUUAUUACAACAUAAGAUCUAGGUUAAGUUCUGUUGAAUAUUAUUGUAGCUUAUAUUACCCUUUGGCAUCUUUGAUGUUACAACUUGUUUAAAAAAAGAAAUAAAGGAAAUGUGUAGUUCAUGAAGCUUAAAAUUAUUUCCAUAUACAGAUUUUAAGAUGAACUUUCCCUUUGCUUCUUCAAACAGUUUAAAAGCAGCAGUCCAAUUAAAUAUCUUGCUUAACUGUUGAGACCUCCAUAAUUUUAGUAUGCAAGAUCAUCUGUAAUGGAAAAUGUUAAGUAUGUAACAUAAUUAUUUUUCUCAGAAAUUAGUAACAUUAGAAGUAAUGUACAAAUUUUAAAUGAAUGGCUGCAAUUACACAUUUUUACUACUCCCAGUUGAAUGGAUUACCUGUCUGAAAGACCAUCAACUUAAGUGCUUCUGAGUUUAUGCCAUGGUAUACUAUUUACCACUUGCCAAAACAAAUUUCAAAAGAAAUUUUAUAUUCUUGUGGGGAUAUCUAGAUAUAUGUAUGUAUACAGAGAGAGAUGGACCUGCUAAAAGACAGGGUUGGACUAGACAGUGUGAAUGUUAAUACAGUCUGUUAAUACAAAACACUUUAAA